CCUCCGCUGCUCCACGGGCUCCGGCCGGCCCCGACCUACAAGACCUCUCCUGCUCCCCUUGAGCCCCACCGGCGCGGCCUGGACGCCCGCCGUCCCCAACGCCCCCACCCCCGGCACGUGACCCGGGAACCCCGCUUUCUUGGGACGCAGGGCACGCUACGGUCAGGGUUUUGGGGGGUGCCCCCGGGUACUCUCCGGCUGUACCCUGACACGAGGUGCGACCGCUGAGAUGGAGGCCGCUACUAGUGGCAUCGCUGGCUUCUGAUCAAUCAGCUUCCUCCAGGAAGUCCUUCUGUGUUGAAAGAGACCACAAACAAUGUGGAGGGCACACAGCAUGGCAGAAAACCGAGAGCACCGCGGGGCCAUCGAGGCUGAGCUGGAUCCCGUGGAGUACACCCUUCGGAAGCGGUUGCCCCACCGUCUGCCCCGGAGGCCCAAUGACAUUUAUGUUAACAUGAAGACUGACUUUAAGGCCCAACUGGCCCGCUGCCAGAAGCUGCUGGACGGAGGGUCGCGGGGUCAGAACGCAUGCACUGAGAUCUACAUUCAUGGCUUGGGCCUGGCUAUCAACCGUGCAAUCAACAUUGCCCUACAGCUUCAGGCGGGCAGCUUCGGGUCUUUGCAGGUGGCUGCCAAUACCUCUACUGUGGAGCUUGUUGAUGAGCUAGAACCAGAGACUGAUGCACAAGAGCCACUGACCCGCAUCAGAAACAACUCGGCCAUCCACAUCCGAGUCUUCAGGGUCACACCCAAGUAAUAAAAUGAGUCUGGCUUUCCUCAUCCACCUACCCUCAGCUAGACUCAGGUAUGACUCUCCUUGUACUGAGUACUGUCAUGGAUCUCCUACCAGAGCCAUAUAAGGAAAAGCCUGUCGUCUCUUAGCCCAAAAGAUUCUGAAUUGAGAGGGGGAGAAUGUCUCUUGUUGGGCCCAGCAACCGGGCCUUCCUGAAUCUUUGUGGUCUGUAACCAGCCAUUGUCCUAAGCAAUAAAAAGUAUCGAACUUA